CAUCCUCUCGCCUGCCAAGCCAAGCCAAACCACCCUUCCGAUUUCUGAGACCAAAACAGAUCCGCAACUCCACAAUGGAGGAUCGCAGCCGCCGUUGGAGUGGGAUGGCGUCUCCGCCGCCGCCGCCGUCCCACAGCUCCUGCACCCCGGUGGACGUGUACCGCAUGCCCCCGCGGGCGACCUUCUUCGCCACCAACCGCCCUCCGUGGAUAUCCCAGCUCGCCGAGGCCAACUUCUACACCCCCUGCGUCGAGGACCGCGUCUGCACCACCUGCGGCGGCGCCGCCUUCUGCGGCCACUGCUGCGCGGACCACCACCGGGGCCACGACACCGCCCCCGCCCCCGCGCCUGCCGAGAACGGCCACGCCGCCGUCGAGGAGUACCGCAGGGACGCGUUCUGCACCGCCUGCCGCGUCGCCUUCUCCUCCGACCUGUGCCCGCACCACAAGUUCGAGUGCGCCGUCGGCGAGGACCACGUCAUCAUCCCCAUCGUCGAGCACCUCAGCUGGUACUGCGCGCGAUGCAUCGGGGUGGAGCGCUGGUUCCCCGUCAUCUUCGACGGCGUCCAGACCUUCCGGGACGAGGAUGACAACUUCCUGGUGCCCUUGUUCUGGAAGGGGCCGCCUAUCCCGGAGACCCCUUCGUGGUUUUCCUCCCUCAUCUGCCAGGACUUCUGCCUCACAUGCGCCACGGACCGCGUCUGCAACACCUGCGACGGCGCCCGUUUCUGCGACCACUGCUGCGGGAAGCACCACCAAGGCCAUGACACCGCCGCCGCCACCGACGCCAACGACAAGGAGCCCCCAGCGGCGGCUCACAGGAGGGACUCGUUCUGCAUCCCCUGCCGCGUCGCCUUCUGCUCCGAUCUGUGCGCGCACCACCACGCCGAGGGCCACGAGGUCAUCCCCAUCGACCUGCACCAAGACUGCUGGUACUGCGCGCGGUGCACCGGAACUGAGCCGUGGUUCCUCGGCGCCGUCUGUGGCGCCACGACUUACAAUGACGAGCACGGCAAUGUGCUGCUGCCCCUGCACCUGAACAGGCCGAAGCCGAACAUCCCGAUGCCGGCCUUCAUGCUGCAGGACGACGAAGAAGACUGCCCUUGGUGGGUGCGGAAGCUCGUCGCCGCCAACUUCAACAAGACGUGCGCCCGGGACCGCGUGUGCAAGACCUGCGGCGGCGUCCCCUUCUGCGACCACUGCUGCGGGGAGCACCACGGAGACCACCACACCGCGUCCGCUAGGCCCGCCAGGCGGAUGAACGGCUUGGCGGUGUCAAAGGAGGCGCACCGGAGGGACUCGUUCUGCAUUGACUGCGGCGUCGGCUUCUGCUCCAACCUCUGUGCGCACCACGCGGGCCACGAGGUCAUCCCCAUCGACGCUUACGGCGACCGUCACUUCGUGCGAAGCACCGGGUCCGAGACCUGGUUCAUCCCCUCCACCUUCGACGGCAUCGAGAUUUUCGAGGACAAGGACGGCAACCUGAUGGUGCCCCUGGAGCGGAAGCGCUCCAUCUUACCGGAGCCAGGCCUGAGGUACCGCUACGACACCACACCACCCAUCGCCCCGCACCAGAUGGAUGAAGCCAUGGAGGUGAGCGUCGGUAACUAGUGAUUGACUGGCUAUUCCAUCUACGACGUUGGUUUCAACUCUGAACCACCGUGUGAUCGAUCGGGGCACUUCAAAACUAUUCGGAAGUGUCAUCAAUUCUUCUACCCAGUUCGUGUCUAUUUUGGAAUCCAUGGAAUUUGAGAUCGUCAGACAUUUUACAUGUGUAGUGGUUAAGAAGCAUGCGAAAGAACAUCGAACCAUCUAAGAUGACUGAUCAGUUAUGGGCUUGUUGAACUGUAUGGUGUUCUCAGUUUUCUCUUCGUUUUCCAGAUUUUGGCUAGAGUUUUGGUUAAACUGAUCGGUGGAAGUAUAAUGAUAACUUGAGCUAUGGACUUCCAUGUUGAACUGUAUGAUGCUUUCAUUUUUCUC